AUAAGUAAGGUUAAUAAAAAGAACUAUGUAUUUUUAAAUAUUUCCAAAUUAGCAAUCCAAGUUGUUGGUCAAAAUUAAUCAAAGUGAAAGCAAACACUCAACGUCUCCCUAUAUGGAAACAUCGAAAGCUCUUGAUGCGUAUAUAUUUUUUACGAGCUCACCGAUUCCAAAUCAGGCGAAGAAAACUCUAUGGAGAGCAAGAAUCGACCCAUCUUAGGUGGCAGCAUUGUCCUGGAGCGGCAGGAACGCUUUUCUAUUCAGACGAGCGAAAGGAUUUACCUACAAGGCCGCAGGGUCUACCGAAAUCCUUCUGUGAUUGCAGCCCGUACUACCUCCUCGUCGGAUGAAAUCGAGAAGAUCCAUCGCACACGGGAGCGGGUGGAGAGCCUGAAUCAUCAGAUUAACCAUGAAAUAGAUCGCUUGAAGGAAGUUAAUAACAGUUUUAAAAAAAGGAAGGAAGAAAGACGAAUGACCUGGGCCGAGAGGUUUAAAGCCAAUCGGCCAAUAGUCAGACAGCAGGGUGGAGGUGGACGGUGUGCAUGUCCGGGUAAAGUAUGUAGGGCACAUUGUCGAACUGUUGAAAUAAGGCCUUCGUCAAAAGAUGGUUUUCCGAAGCCCGCGUCCCAAGAAGUCAAGCGGAUAGACGUCACGCCAAUAAAACCACCGCCAAAGGGGGUUUCGCUUAAAGAAUUUCCCAAAGAGAUCAAGUCGAAGGAACUUUAUCAAAGGAAACUUCCGCCAAAGGAGCUUCCGCCAAGGAAACUUCCACCUAAAGAACUUCCGCCAAAGGAACUUCCGCCAAGGCAACUUCCGCUUAAAGAACUUCCGCCAAAAAAACCUCAGCCAAGGCAACUUCCAGCUAAAGAACUCAUUGGAAGAAAACCCAUGCCAAGGGUAUUCGUGUCAAAGGGACUUCCUCUAAAAGAGCUCAAUCCGAGAAAACCACCUAUAAAGGUAAUUUUGCCAAAAGAUCUUCCGCCAAAAAGAAUCGCUCCAAAAGGACUUCCGCCUAAAGAAUUAACUCCACAAAAACCACUGCCAAAGAGAAUUCCCCUAAAAGAUCUUCCGUCCAAAGAACCUCCACUUAAGCCCGGAAAACCCCCAGCAAAUAGUUCCAUUCAAAAAGAACUUAAGCCCGGAAAACCCCCUCCCAAAGAUCUGAAAACAGAAAACCCCAAACCCAAGGAGGAACCCAGGCAAAGUGAACUUAGGUGCAAAGAACUCACAGCCAGACUGAGUGGUGGCUGCUGUAACUGUUGUUGCCAUUACCCCACAAGCUAUGGAGCACCAGAUUGCUGCUAUAAUAUCGCCUUCAACCGGGGUAUUGAGCAUGGUAUACCUUACUGCACCGCACGGAGGCGGGUCACUGAUCUUAAUACCCAGGAAAUUUGCGGUAAUAGGUGCGUCAGUGUAUCACCGGAUCGUAGGACGGUCGGCCAACAGAGAAGUUCUAAGCUGACGGUGUCGCCGUCGUCUUUCCUUGAGAGUCCAAGGGAGAAAAGGAAAAGUCCAAUUAGGAGUGGAAAAAUAUUAACGAAUGAAAACAACCGGCAAAAGAACAAAAUGCGAAAUCAGGAGAAGUUGCCGAAGGUGGAAAGUCAGGAGAAAAAAAGUAGGGAUCAGGGAAGUCUACGUAUAGUGGAGAGUCGGGAAAAUAUAAAGCAGGGAAAGGUACCCAGUCCAGAGAUUCCGUGGAAAAACGAGUUUCAGUAUCCAGAAAAUUUAAAGCAAGAAACGGAAGUAGUUCCUCCAAAAAGUCAAUCUCGCAAGGAAGAUGAACGUAUGUACCAGGAAUAUUUGAGAUUGUAUUACCAAGAAAAUUCCAAGGAAGAUCUCCGAGAAGGUGUAAAGCCUAUUCCCACAUACACAAAACUGCGAAAGGAAAAUGUUAAACCAACAGAUCGAAGAGAAUGUCCUGAAAAUCAGAUCAACUCAUGGGAAGGGCAAAGAGUCUCAGUAUGUAGGGAUAGCCAGAAAGUUAAAACUCCAAUAUUGGAUCAGUGUAAUCAUGAACGGAGGGGAUACCAUGACCCAGGAUGUUCUAUAGAAAUGUUUCCAGCUCCAUUCACCUAUGAAUCCUGCUUCGACGAGUGGGGCUCCACUCCUUUGGAUAGCAACACAACCGAUCCAGUAAGCGAUUCUCCUUCUCCUUCUCCUUCGCCUACUCCUACUCCUACUCCUACUCCUACUCCUUCGCCUACUCCUACUCCUGCUCCUACUCCUCCUCCUACCAACUGCAAAGAAACCCGAUUCCAUUAUCCCAGUGGGAGUGGCGCUACUGGAGCAGACAUACAAUAUACCAACUGUCCGGAUAAAGAUCGCAAAGGGUUGAGACAAGAAAGGAUAAAAGAGAGGGUUGUGGCGCCUAAAGUUUCGAAGAACCAAGGGUUAAGACAAGAGCGGUCAAAGAUCACCAAAGAAAUCGUUGAGGAUUCAAAGCACCAAGGGUUGAGACAAGAAAGGGCAAAGUCCACCAAGGAGACUGUUGUGGCAAAGAAUAUAUAUCAAGACCCAUCUUCCUUGCCUAGGGAUUUAGAAACAGAUAGCGUCAGUUAUGCAUCCCUUCCUGUCAAGCACCAAAUCGUUUCUCCUCCAACGAGGCAGGCAAACACCACGACAGAGACUCAGCGCAGGCCUGAGCGAUCCUCGCUGACAUAUCCCACACGCAGCUCUCAGAAUUCCAACCAAGUAUUUAAUGGUCGUCACAGUAACUUGAGUAGUAAAGCAGAAUCAUCUCGAAAGCCGCAAAGCCCAAGUACAGAUUCCCAUCGGCAAAGUAACCCACAUCCUUUUUCGCAUGUUGAAGGAUUAUCUCGAAACCAGGAAAGCCCAACUGUAGAUACCCAUCGUCAAAGUAAACCAAGUUCUUUUUCGCUUGUAGAAGGAUUGUCUCGAAACCAGGCAAGCCCAACUACACAUUCCCAUCGGCGAAGUAAUCCAAGUCCAAUUUCAUUUGGGGGGGAAAGCCCAACUUCGGUUUCUACUGAAACCAUAGCUAAUAAUAGCCAUUACCAAACCAAGGAUCUUCAAGUUUCUAAUGAAGACCAGAAGUUUGAUAUGAACCUCCUUGAAUCUCGGCUAAAAAAAGAACUAAAAAAUUCCACUGAAAACAAGGAACUCAAGGAUGCUUCCAGUAUGUUAAGCGGAGGAACUUCCACGCAAGAAAGCUUCAGAAAACCCUUGUCUAAAGGGUUUAAGAAUUCUCAAGAUUUUGAAAUAAAUGACGAAGAGAAUACCGAAAAAACUUUCCAUAGAAAACGAGAAGUUUCUUCUUUUAGGCAGUUCCUUUCAGAGGCUCGAAAUCAGGACCAAGAUGAUGAGAAUGAAUUUUCCAAGUUUUUAAAGAGAAAAAAUGAAUAUUCAGAGGUUCAAAAUCAAGACCAAGAGGAUGCCAAUGAAUACUCAUCGUUUUUAAAUAGAAAAACGCAUUAUUCUCAAGCUCAAAAUCAGGAUGAAGAGGAAGAAGAGGAUACAAAGUUUUUAAAUAGAAAAAAGGAUUAUUCAAAUCGUUCAGAUGACAUUCAGUCGGGAUGUGAAUGCGAUGGCUACGAAACGGCGCGAUCCAUGGCUUCUAGCAAGCAUCAUCAUUUACUAUCGGCCAUGUCUUCCUCACGAAACAAGAGCUAUGCCACUGUCUGCGAUAAGCGAACACGCACAGUGACCUUCAAGGAUGAGGAUGGUGUCCUAAACAAGCGUAGCCAUGUGGAGGAACAGUGCCGCAACCAUAUUGAUUGGGAGCAGGCACUGAAGUAUCGCCAGCCUGAUUCGAUUUUAUCAAAUGAUAAUUAUACUCCACGUUCCAGCAGUUCGGCUGAGCACACCUGCCUAGAGUCCAGCUGGGAAGAGGAGGAAGAGGAUGCCUACGAUAGCUGCCUCGAAACACUAUCCCCAAGGGACGAAGAGAAGCCUUCCUUCAAUGCCUGUCCCUGUAUGUACGAGACCUAUCGCCAGCUGGCAGCCUUGUGCCAAAGCAAAAGUCCCUACUAUAGAUAGUAAGUCCAAAAGUCCAAAGAAGUCCGGAGUUUCAACAAUUGUUUGAGUUUUUAAAAAUAUUUAUAUAUUUGUUUUGUACAAUAUUUCGACAGUCUGUCCAGCCAAACGUUAAAUU